UAUUUUUUUAUUGGUUUGUUGGUUAUUGGUUACGCUCAUUAUAAGCAUUCUCUAAAUAAAAAUAUAAUAUCGAGAGAACUAUUACGGAGAUGGCACAAAUAUCCGCAACUGAACAAAAGGGAAUGCAACAAAUUGAUCUGACUACACUCAAUAUACAGCAGUUGUCAGGGUUGAAACAACAAUUGGACCAGGAAUUGAAUCUGUUUCAAGAAUCCUUGGCAACACUCAAGGUAGCUCAAGGAAAAUAUCAAAAUUCAGGCGAGACUUUGGAAAAAAUCAAUCCCAGUUCAGAAGGCAAAGAUAUUUUGGUACCUCUCACUGGAUCUAUGUAUGUUCCUGGCAAACUAUGUGAUACUAACAAUGUCAUCAUAGACGUUGGAACUAGGUAUUAUGUUGAAAAGGAUAUCGAAGCUGCUAAAGACUAUUUUCAGCGGAAAACAAAAUUUGUGACGGAACAAAUGGAGAAAAUCCAGUAUCUUGGCUUGGAAAAGAGCAAAAUCCGGGAUGCUAUUGUGGAAAUAGCUGAAUUGAAGUUGGCUCAACAGCAGCAGAAGAGUUGAGGAAUGCCACAUGGAUUUUAUUUAUUUUUUUCCAUAAUGAAUUUGAUUUGCUUCUUUCUCAGCUAGAUUUAUUUAGAAUGCAUACAUCAACAAUCUCAAAAAACUCUGAAUUAAAAACCUUUCCUAACCCUUUUUUGAAAGUUUCUUGAUGAUGAACAAGUAUUUAAUAAUUAUUAAUAAAGUGUUUUGUAUGUUGAA